CUUGAAGCCGGAAGUCCGUGAAAGCAGAAACAACAAAGAGGGGAAGCGAAAGUGUCCCUUCCGAAACCCGCUCUAAAUCAAACCUCUCCUGGAUUCUUGACUUACUCCGUGUACCGUAGGCAGUAGCAGUCCAAACAACGUGGAUUUGCAUGUGAGAACCCGUCGUCAUGGCGAACAAUGCACAGGAUGUGGAGAAAAACAGGGUGCGACAGGAGGAUGCUGGCGAUUCGGCACCCACCCCUCAGCUACAAGGUGCCGUGGCGCUCAGAGCUCGGGCCAGGGGUAAUGCCGCAGAUGGGGGAGCCAACGGCCCGGAGCAAAACGGUCAGGCUCCGUCAGCUGCUCGCCCCCCACAAGUGGUCGAGGCGGAGGAAGAAGAGGACGAGGAGCUGACCUUGAAAUACGGAGCCAAGCAUGUCAUUAUGUUGUUUGUUCCCGUCACCCUCUGCAUGGUAGUCGUCGUGGCAACCAUCAAGUCUGUCGGCUUCUACACCCAGAAAGACGGCCAGAGACUGAUCUACACCCCGUUCCCCGAGGACACAGACACAGUAGCACAGCGAGCAGUCAACUCCAUCCUGAACGCCACCAUCAUGAUCACUGUGAUCAUCGUCAUGACGCUGGUGCUGGUGCUGCUCUACAAAUACAGAUGCUACAAGGUGAUUCAAGGCUGGCUCUUCCUCUCAUCCCUCCUCCUGCUCUUCUUCUUCUCCUACAUCUACCUCAAAGAGGUGUUUAAGACGUACAACAUAGCCAUGGACUUCUUCACGCUGGCUGUGAUCAUUAGUAACUUUGGCGUGGUGGGCAUGAUGUGCAUCCACUGGAAAGGGCCGCUGCGGCUCCAGCAGGCCUACCUCAUCAUGAUCAGCGCCCUCAUGGCUCUAGUGUUCAUCAAGUACCUCCCGGAGUGGACCGCCUGGCUCAUACUAGCCGUCAUAUCUGUCUACGAUUUGCUAGCGGUGCUCUGUCCCAAAGGGCCGCUGAGGAUCCUGGUGGAAACCGCACAGGAGCGGAAUGAGCCCAUAUUUCCUGCGCUCAUCUACUCCUCUACCAUGGUGUGGUUGGUCAACAUGGCUGACACUGACGGACCAAAGAGGAACUCCAGAGAAGCAGUGGCUCCUGAACCUGAAGCAGCGACGGAGACUCCAGUGCCUGCCAGCCCGUCGCAGGACGACGGAGGCUUCACCAACACUUGGGUCAAUCAGCAGGCGCAUCAACUGGGGCCGCUUCAGUCCACUGCGGAGAGCCGGCGGGCGAUCCAGGAGAUGCCUUCAGCACGGCCCCCUGUAGAAGACGACGAUGAAGAGAGGGGCGUCAAGCUGGGCCUCGGAGACUUCAUCUUCUACAGCAUGCUGGUGGGGAAGGCAUCGGCCGCGGCCAGCGGAGACUGGAACACCACAUUGGCAUGUUUCGUCGCCAUCCUGAUCGGCCUCUGUCUGACCCUGCUCCUCCUGGCCAUCUUCAAAAAAGCCCUCCCUGCUCUGCCCAUCUCUAUUUUCUUCGGCCUGGUCUUCUACUUCGCCACAGAUAACCUGGUUCGACCCUUUAUGGACAAGCUGGCGCUGCACCAGUUCUACAUUUAGCAGGACCUUCGGCGUGACGACCACCCACAUGCCCAAGACGACGUAGCCUUGCCCAAACACAUCCUGCAAAGCCUUUUUUCAAGCCACAAUGGAGCUUUUAAAAUUUGGAUCCCUCAAAGCUGGGCAACGUCUACACUGGUCUCAGGCACAAUUUUAAAAGGCUGGUGGGAUAUUUGACCUCCAGAGAAGCUGUUCAUCACCCGCCAGAUCCAAGCUUUGCGGCAGGUGCCUUGCUCAGGGACACCUUGGCGGGAAACAGUUUCUACAUCUUCAGCGACUAGAAACUCUCGUGAAGAUUUUAAUAACACCCCCUUUAACACAACUUCAUCAACGACUGGACAUAGAGAGGGUCAGUGUGCAGUUUGUGUGUGUGAUCACCAGAGCGUGCUUUCCUCACCGCUGUGGAAGAAUGAUCGGAUUAGAAGCUCAGUGAUUCUUGAGCUCAUUGAAAGGAUGAUUUGUCAUCGUCGCAGCAUUUCAAAUAAAUGACCUCACGGUGGUCGCUCCCAGAGGCCACGGAUGGAGCAGUCGAGUGCCUUGCUCAAGGGUUUGACUUCACUCUCAUCACAGUGGGGCAGAAUCUCGCGGUUCACGCAGCAGGUUUCCCCUGCGACCCUCGCCUGGUGCUGUCUGGAACUAUGCUACUUCUCAACUGAUUUUCUUUCUGAACAGGUGAAAGGUUAAAAUUCCAGGAGCCCGAAUCCGAUCAAUCUGACCUCGAGAUAAAGGACCAAACUCAAGUGUUGAUUCAAACGUUACCAAAAACCAAUGGACGAAGGCUGCUUGUAAAGGAACGAGGAAACACUGCACUGAUUUGUCUUUCGUUGUUUCAGACCGGUUUCACACGUGCUGCGUGGAAACGUGAAGAGUGAUUUCUGCAGUUUUUUUUUUAAUAGAAUAUUUUGCGUGAUUGAGUGUUUCUGCCCUUUACAUGCGUAUGUGUGUUAUGCAAAACUCUUUAAUUCAGAUUUGUUGCUUUUUUUUUUUAUAUAAUAAAAAUGAAUGAUCUGAACGGAACUGAAUUAAUGUAAUCAAUAUACAAUAAAUGGUUUGGGAGACAAAAAAAAAUCGAAAACCAGAAGAAUAUUUUAAAAGGAGAUGCUAUGGAUUUUUAUUUUUUAUGUAUUAAUUUAAUAUAUAUGUUACGGUAAAAUAAAUGAUAAUUUAAUCAUAAUUAUGAGAAAAAAGAUGCAUUAUAAUUUCAGUUUCAUUUUCUCUUUGAAUCUUUUAAUUUGUGCUGUGCUUGUAAUAUUUGACAUAUUUUAGGUUUACAAAAUAUUUUAAAAAGAAGCCAUUAUAUGGAAUUGAGUUGAUGCUUUUUCUAUUUUUAAUGAUGCAACAAAAUGGAUAGUUUAAAAAGAACGAUGACUCAUCGCAGGAAAUAUGAGACUCAACGGAGCAAUAUAAAUCUGCCUUUUAAAUAUUGGAGGCUCGGUUUAACAUGCUAAGCAAGGAGCCUUUAAACGUUACUUUUUCUCUAUAUUUUGGGGUUUCUAGCGUGCGGGUCACAAACACUGAUCUGGUGGGCUGGAUUAUGCCCCUGGCCCAUGAGUUUGACACAUAUAGAGUGGCUAAAAAGUUAGUCAAUAGCAGCCUCAGCAUCAGUGGUCUGGUUUGAUGACUGAAAUCCUUUGACACAGGUUUCCUCUCCCGCCACUAGAGAGCGAACCGUCUGUGUGAAUGACGCAGAGCGUCUCUGGGAACAGAGUGGAAAUUCCUCAGUGCGCUGCUACGCCAGCAUCUCUGCGCCAACUUGGCGAGCGGCCUCAUAGAUGGAUGCAUGAGCCGUUGCCAGGGAGAUGGUUUGGCACCUCCGACCAGGACUGUGGCACUGCGUAAAAGUGCAUUCCUCACAUGGUGACGGAGACACUCCAUCGUCAGUGCUGGCUCGGUUUUGAGAGUUCACACCUGGAUACAUCAACGUCCCUUUUGAGGAGCUUCCUGAAAUCCAUCGUCUCAUUUCCUCUAAUGAUAGGACGCUUCCUGUUUAUGCUCCAGAUCUGAGGACUCUCAUGAAACAAGAGGCUCUAGUUGGUGGCCUCGAUUGGAGCUAGAUGCCUCUGUAAUCGGCGAUGUCCGAGUCAGCCCUAUGAAAUACACCCCCCCCGUGAAUCAAUCCAAAUAGAUUAUUUUGGAGGGGUGUCUCUAGUCCACUUUCUUGGUCUUUAUUUCCAGGAUCACUUGA